UAGACCGAGUUUAAAUGCUCAAUUUUCUGCUAUAAUAGAGGAAAUUAUCAAAAAAAAACAGCACAUUAGAUAAUAUAUCAUUUAUUAGCUGAACCAACUUACGGUUACACACUAUAUAUAUCACACGUAAUUUUGUUGGGAUUUGAAGUUAAUACCUCUUAUCAAGUGGAUUAUAGUGGAUAACACAAAGAUAAGUUAAGGAUGGCUGCAACAACAAAGAAAGUUGAUGAUUUUCCAUGGAAAGCAACUCCUUAUGUCAUAAUUUGUUGGAUAUUAGCAGCUUGUGGAGGCCUCAUGUUUGGUUAUGAUAUUGGCAUUUCAGGUGGAGUGACAGGAAUGGAUGAUUUCUUAGAAAAAUUCUUCCCAAAAGUGUAUGAAAGAAAACAACAUGCUCACGAAAACAACUACUGCAAAUUUGAUAACCAAAAUCUUCAGCUUUUUACAUCAUCGUUAUAUUUGUCAGCACUUGUUUCAAGUUUUGUGGCAUCAAAAGUUUGCUCUUCUAAAGGCAGAAAACCUUCAAUAUUAAUUUCAUCCUUGUUUUUCUUGGUGGGUUCGGCUAUGAGUGCAUUGGCUCCUCGUCUAUGGAUGGUCAUCAUAGGCAGAGUUCUUAUGGGUGUUGGCGUUGGUUUUGGUAACGAGGCAGUGCCAUUGUUUUUAUCAGAGAUAGCACCAGUCCAAUACAGAGGAGCAGUAAACAUUCUGUUCCAACUUCUAGUGACAGUAGGCAUACUGAUUGCUAAUCUUGUUAACUUUGCAACCUUAAACUUACACCCUAUAGGAUGGAGGGUAUCCCUUGGUUUAGCCAUAGUUCCAGCCUUACUAUUGUUACUUGGCGCGAUUAUCAUAACCGAAACUCCUACAAGUUUAAUCGAGAGAAAUCGAGUUGAUGAAGGUCGAAAAGUGCUGAAAAAGAUAAGGGGAAUCGACGAUGUUGAGGCUGAGCUUCAACAGAUUAUAGAGGCAUGUGAUCAAGCUAAGUUAGUUAAGCACCCUUUUAGGGAAUUAAGGAAGAAGCAAAGUGUACCACCUCUUGUAAUUGGGAUUUCAAUGCAAGUUUUCCAGCAAAUGACUGGGAUUAAUGCAAUCAUGUUUUAUGCUCCUAUAUUGUUCCAAACUGUUGGAUUUAAGAGUGAUGGAUCACUUCUUUCUGCUGUUAUUAUUGGACUUGUUAAUGUCUUUAGUACAUUGGUUUCUGUUUUUGGAGUUGAUAAGUUUGGAAGAAGGAAAUUGCUGCUUCAAGCUUGUGUUCAAAUGUUCAUUAGCCAGAUAGCAAUUGGAAUAAUCCUGAUAGUAAAGUUAACAGACACAAAUACACUACCAAAAGGAGCAGCAAUGUUAGUAGUUGUAUUAACAUGCAUGUUUGUGAUGUCGUUUGCAUGGUCAUGGGGUCCACUAGGUUGGUUAAUACCAAGUGAAACAUUCCCAGUAGAAACAAGAACAGCAGGUUUUGCUUUUGCUGUCAGUUCAAACAUGUUAUUCACCUUUAUCAUUGCUCAAGCAUUUUUAUCAAUGCUUUGUCAUAUGAGAGCUUAUAUCUUCAUCUUCUUCUCCGCCUGGAUUGUUGUGAUGGGUAUUUUUGUCAUUUUCCUUUUGCCGGAGACGAAAGGAGUCCCCAUUGAUGCUGUUGCUGAAAGAGUUUGGAAGAAACAUCCUGUGUGGAAGAGGUUUAUGGAUGAAGAUGAUCACAAGGUUCAAAAUGGGCCUUAAAUUUUUAUUUUUAUUUUUUUUUUGGAGGGGAAAUUUUAAUAUUUACUCCUUCAUUUGAGUUUGGAAUACAUUUCUUUCUUUAUAAGUAUUAAAGUAUGUGCUAUCAACAUAAGAUUUUUGUUGUAUAAUACUCCAUUGGACUUGUAGAAUGAAUGAACAAAAGAAAGUUUGCCAUUCUUUGUUAUGAUAAUCUUUGUUAUGCUCCC